AAUCAGCGCCGGCUGGUCUCUUGGGACGGCCACACGGAUCCGCAGCACAUGGUGACAGAUUGGGGUAUUCCCCAAGGAGACGGGAUGUCACCCUUAGGCCUUAACAUUUUGCUCUUUGCUGGUUUGUUAUGGGUUAAGCACAAUACUCGUCACCUCGACGGCGAUGCAGCGCAUUUCCUUUUCAUGGACGACAGAAGUUGGACGGCUAGCACAUUGCCGAAGCUUCUGGGCAUCAAGACGGCUUGGCAGCGAUGGUCUGCCAUCAUGGGCCUGCUUGAAAAUGCAGGUAAGACACAGCUGACUGCACUCAGGCCCAAAGAUCUUGAAGAGCUUCGCAAGGCCGCCGACCCCAGAGAGGUCAAGCAGAACCUCGUCAUGCUCGGCACAGUCACCGUGACGAGGAUGCAGCGGCGCACCGCAGCUGAGGAAGCGCAACGGCUUGAAAAGGCAGCUAGCACAGCUGCCCGUGCGACUUUCUUGCCUCUUUCCCGCAAAGCAAAGUACGAGACCAUCGGUGCUACUGCAACUGCCCAGGCAUCCUACGGCUGGAUAGGCCGCAAACCCCCAGAAGCUGAAUGCAAGCGCCUUGACCUCGCUGCAUGGAAGGCUUGUGGUGAACCGUAUGAUGCAGGCAUACACCACAAGCGUUUGCUGUUGUCACUGCCCUUGGAAACGGAGAUCGGCAUCAGGCAGGUCAUGCGUAUGCUUCACGCCUCUGGGCGAUGGCGCCUCGUGCAAGCUGCGCCCACAGCAUCAGAGAAGUGUGCCUUUGAAUGGUUGAGAAAGCACGGAUGGACCAUGCCGCACACGCUUGAGUACGCCACUGCGCAAUACUGCACGAAUAGGCUUGCUGCCUAUAGAAAGCUCGUGGAGUCUGCCGCGGUGCAGCUUUGUGGAGGCUUGCCUUGGAACGAGUUCCUGGCACAGGAUCCGGGCCGCACCUGGCCUGUCCUUCAUAACGUGAUGGCCAUGGUUCUGGGAGGAAAGCACCGCUGGAACGAGAUGCUCUUCCACGAUGUGCACCAUGCCUUCCCCAACGCCGUCGGCACGCUGAGCCAGCGUGGCCGCUUCCACGGCUGGGAGAAGGUUCAUGAUGCAGCUGCAGAAGUCCUGCACCGCGGGCUGUGGAAGCCUAACGGUGAUGAGGAGACCCAGAUGCAGAAGACGCAGAAGAAGCGCUCCAUGAUGAUGAAGCAGGGCAAAUGA